AUGCAUUUCUUUUGUUGGAAAAAUUUGAUAAUUUUCAAAUAAAAUGCUUUUAUGAAACAUCCUUUGAUGUGUUAUAGAUCUCUUUUUUUAAUUUUUCCUUUAUUCAAACUAUUUGUUUGUUAAAGCUGGAAAUAAUCCUGUCCACAUAAUGAGUACAAAUGAGGAGAAUGAUCAAUUUUAAAUAAUUGAAUAAGAAAUGAAUAAGUGAUAUUGUAAAAUAUGCAAAUUUAAUAUACCCAAUAGAGCAAAGCAUUGUAAGGUUCGCAAAAGAUGCGCGGCAAACUAUGAUCCUCAUUGUUUUAGAUAGGAGGAUGUGUUAGUAUUUAAUCAACGAUCAUUUUGGCUAUUCUUAUUAGUUUAGAAUAUUGUAUUGUAUUGAUAUUGUUAUUUUGGUAUUGGUAAGAUAGUUAUCUAAUAUGAUUAUUAAGAGAAAAAUAAAAGAGAUAUUGAUAAGAAUAUGGAAUUAUAUUGUGAUAUUUUGAUCAUGUUUUUAUUUUUGAUGCUUGCAAGAGGGAUGCCUAGAUUCCAUACAUAUUUGAUUAUUGUAGGAGUGACAACUUAUGAAUUACUAAAGAAAUAUUAAUACAAAAAGGCAUCAACAAAUUCAUAAUUCAAUAUUAGAAAACAUAAGAUCGAUAUUUUUUCAUGUUGGUUAAUUGCUUUCAAAUUAAGAAAUUGUUUGACUAACUCAUUAUAUAUUAUAAAUUUCUUAUAAACCUUUUAAGAUAAAAAUUAACUAACGCUAUUAAACAUUGAAGAUGUUGUUUCUCUGGAAAUAACAUAGCUGCAUUUGAUGAAAUUUUCGCUUUCUAAAAAACAGAACAAAAACUUUACUUAAUUGAAUUAAUUAUGCAGAAACUACCCAUUGUGA